AUGGUACUCUCGAUCCUUAUCGCCGCCAUCGUAGCCCCAGGUUUACUCGGCUCACAAGAAGCUAUCCGACAAUCGCAAUCUAAAGAGAAGAGAGAGGAACAUCGCGCCCGUCGCUGUAACCUCAUUGCUACAUGCGUAAAGUCGUCGCAUCGUAGCCGAGAGAUAGAUGGCCGCCAGAUUGUCUUGAGGAACGGAAAGCUUUGGAUCGAUACUGGGACCGAAGAUGGAAGUCCACUGGGUCAUCCUUACGCUGGGUACUACCUACCAUACCCCGAUAACAAUUACGAAGGCCUCGUUACUACCAUCACAGACGUCGCUCCGAUCAUGAACUGGGUGUUUGUCGAUAAAGAGACUUGUGAAGUCAAGUACGGUGUCCGCGCAGAUGCUCAACCGAAUCUCACUGGUCCUUUCGAUUGCACGCGACAAGACCGACGACUUACUUUUGACGGUUGGGAAGGAUGGUGCGCUGUUGAAGAAGCACCUAGUCUUUGGGGUUUGUACUUUGACCUUGGCGAUGAUGGUCUGAAGUCAAGAGUUGCUCCUGGAACCAGGGUGUUAGAGAUCGAAUUAAGCAGGAAGGAAAAGAGGUUUGAAAAAGAGGCGGAAGUUAGACAGCAGGAUCAGACAACCAAGAGGGCUGUCGAUGCAAAAGAGGAUGUGCCGGUUGAUCAGCCACUGGCUGCAGAGGCGCUAGUUUCGAAGCCUGGGGUUGUCGAUGAGAAGCGUGAAGGGGCAGGGGGUGAGCAGGAGUCUUGUAAGCCGAUGAAGAUACCGAAGUCCAUCUUUGAGGAUCCACCACCUGUGCUGGAGUCGUUGGUGUUCAAACCUGGUACUCCACCGCCGGCGUACUCGCCUACAGUGGGACGAGAUGUUGCAAACUCGAAUUCGACAGCAGGAUCCGACGAAGCAUCUACUGACUCAUAUGUUAUGGGACCAAGUAGCAGCUCGCCAAGUACCGAGAGCUCUCCGCCAUCCAUCGCAACAGAACGUGUGCUAGCCAAAGCGCAGUCAACAGUGGGUGAAGAGACCGGAAAUACUGUGAACCAGACGGAUUUUCUACGAGUUCAACCGCCCCCGGCUCUUAUCGAUGAGAACAGAAGCAUCGUAGGUGAGGCAGACUCCCUAUCAGCUGAGCAGUCCACAUCUACGAACGAGAAGCGAACCACCCCCAGGCUAAAUAGAAGCAGCGGCUCACGAGCCCUAGCCCAAGCCCAGAAGUUUGAAGCUAUGGCAGCAGCACAGAAAUCUGAUUCUGAGGUUCGAAGGCGAUCGAAUGAACGUGUAUCUCGUGCUAACAGUACUACUUCUUCUGUUUACUCCAACGAAGGCGAGUCACUGAGCGCGCCUGGGAUCGAUAGCCUAGACGACCUUAUAGUUUGCGCAUUUGGUGCGUUUGAGCGAUACUACGUUUGUUGGAAAACCAAGGAUGGGCAGUUUAAGCAAGAUGGCCACGAUCUUCCUCCUGCACUUAGAGACUGGCUCUACCCCACCGACGGCACAACACGAGAUUUCGCGUCGCUUCAAGUCGUCUUUGGACGAGGCGAGGAAUACUUUGCGUCUGAUAAGAACGGCAAGCUAGAGUACAAGGAGCCUGAAGUGAAGAAGCCGGCACCGACCGAAGAUGAAGAGAAGCUUGAUAGACAGGCAAUGAGAAGGUCGAGAACAGUAUCGUUCUUGCGGCCACUGUCGGAGACAAGUGUACGGUCUGACAGCGGAGUGGGCGACACGAAUAGGAGUAAGCGAUCAAGUUCCAUAAGUUCGCAACGAGCGAGUCGGCCACCCAGCCUAAGUUAUACAAACUCACGAACGAACUCCGAGAUAUCGCUUUUGGGAGAGACGAUUGUUGAGGGCCAGACGAGCCGGCCGACACGACCUUCAUAUAUAUCGCAGUGGACAAAUUUCGGGUCCGGUGUAGGCGAGUUGGAACGAGUGGUAUCUCCACAAAAGCCAGAGCAAACGAUACAUACUGAACCAGUCAUCGAAACAGAGCGUGAGAUGGUACUUCCAAAGACAGCAUUCCCAGCACCGGCCGCGAAGAGACCACUGUCACCACCAUCACGGACCAACACAACACCACAGCAGAAUUUCCAAUCGCAAAGAAACGUCCCAUCAAACAAUUCGUCGUGUAUAUGCAGCUGCCACACCUCGCCACUACCAUUACUAUCACAACAACAAUCCAAACCCAUCUACAUAACCACCGCAACACAAACAUCACCACUGCCCUCACCUCUUCAUCCAGAAAACUUGGCUUCAUCUUACUGGCCCUCACAAGCGAACUACACUGCUAUACCCCAAGAUGCUGCUUAUUAUAUCGACGAAGACUACGAUACACCACCAGUCUUCAUGGGGCGCAUGUCGACCUACUUCAGCAAGCCGGGGUAUCAGUUGGGGGAUAGCUUAUUUAGUGGGUAUCAGCCGAUCAAUUGGGGGUCUACGUAUGAGGAGCUUGAGGAUUCUGGUGGGGAAGGGAUGAGGUGA